AUGAAUUUACCAGAGCAACAGUAUAACUCUGCACUUAGUUGUAUAUUCAACUAUUUAACUCGUCAAGAACUUUGCACUUGUUCACUUGUAAACAAAGACUGGAGUCAAAAUGCCAAAGCAAAACUUUGGAAACGACCGAAUUUUAUUACAGAAGGAACAACUUCACUUCAAGCUUUUCAAAAAUUUCUUAAAAUUUUAGAAACAAUUGCAAGUGAAAAAACCAGAUAUUUAAUUCAAAUUAUUGAUGUUAGUAAAAUUCAAGAAACAUUAUAUGAAACAAUUAAAGAAGAUUGGUUAACAAUAAUUAUUCAAAAAUGUUAUAAUUUAC